AUGAUCACCAACAAACUGGCCAUUGGCAGCCUUUCACUGGGGCAACACCCUUCCCAUGCUCUGGAUCAGAAAAUCCGCGAUGCAGCCCAAGCCGGAUUUGCCGGCAUUGAAAUUGUAUUUUCAGAUCUGGAAAAAUUCUCUCAGUCCAACGGGCUAUCUAUUUUCGAAGGUGCCACCAAGAUAAAGGCGAUCUGUGACGAGAGUAAUCUCGCUAUCCUCUCGCUAGCCCCCUUCGAGAACUAUGAAGGAGACCGGUCCCCCUUGCUCGAUAGACUAAAGAAAGCAACUCAAUGGAUCAAGGUCGCCAGGACACUAUGUGCACCCUUUUUGCAAGUUCCUGCCCAAUAUGAUGCUGAUGCUAUUGGUGAUGAAGACGUGAUCAUCACCGAAUUGCGGCAACUUUGCGACAUGGCAAGCUCUGAACAGCCCGUUGUGUCAAUUGCUUAUGAGCCAAUGUCUUGGUCGACUUAUCAUUCCACCUGGGAAUCUUCCUUGAGGCUCGUUGAUGCAGUCGCACGAGAGAACUUUGGGUUAUGUCUCGAUACCUUUCAUAUUAUCACGAAGUUAUGGGCGGAUCCCUUCGCUCCGUCAGGAAAAUAUCCCAAUGCAGACAAUAUCUUGCGUGACUCUUUAACUCGUUUUGUUCGAGACUGUCCACUGGAAAAGAUAUUCUUCGUACAAUUGUCCGAUGGUGAAAAGUUUGAUCCUCCGUUCUCCGAAAAGCACCCGUGGCAUUUGGAAGGAGAAGCUCCACAGUUCACCUGGUCAAAACAUGCCCGUCCAUUUCCGUAUGAGGCCGAGCUUGGUGCAUAUAUGCCGGUUGCUGAGGUUGCGAGGGCAUGGAUUGUUGAGAAAGGCUACAAGGGUUGGGUGUCUAUGGAGACAUUUGAUCGUCGUAUGCGGGACAAGGACAGUCGAGUGGAACACGCUGCUAUCCGAGGUAUGGAAUCUUGGAGGAAACUUAAACAUGAGCUGGAUGCCGCAAAGUCAAAGAUCUGA